AUGGUAGGCUUUCAAAUCGAUAAGGAGUGCUGCAUGCACGGUGGAAAGGAUGACAACGAUAGUGAACUUGGAGGGAGCAGACCUGCUCGAUCUAACAUUCUUCAAAGGGCUUUACAUGGGCAUAAUGGUGAUGCAAGUGAAAGGACAACUACUGGCAACCAUCCAUCUCGUGCUUUUGAAGCAGCAUGGAGUGCGGCAUGCACGGUGGAAGGGAGAACAACGAUAGUGAUCCCAGAGGGUGCAUACCUGCUUGGUCCAACAAUCUUCAGAGGGCCUUGCAAAGGCAUAAUGGAGGUGGAAGAUUCGAUGGACAAGGAGCUUCUGCAUGGCCUUAUAACCAAUGCAAAAAGAUACUCAAUUGCAAACCCCUACCGAAGUUUCGUCACGAACGCAACCAUCAGCAGCAUCAAUUUUAUCGACAGCAAGUUCUUCCACGUUCAUGUCCUUAAAUCAAGAAAUAUUACAUUUGAUUCCAUUAGGAUCAGUGCUCCGGGAGAUAGCCCCAACACUGAUGGCAUCCACAUCGCCGACUCGACCAAUAUCCAGGUUGCUAACUCGGUCAUCGGCACUGGUGAUGAUUGCAUCUCCAUCGGCUCGGGCUGCACCAAUUUGACCAUCUUUAAUGUGUUAUGCGGUCCUGGCCAUGGCAUCAGCGUCGGUAGUCUCGGCAAAAAUGCUGGUGAGAAAGAUGUCAUCGGGCUGAAAGUGAUGCAAUGCAAUCUUACCGGUACAACAAAUGGAUUGAGGAUCAAGACAUGGCAAUCUUCUUCAUCUAGUUUGAAGGCCACUGAUUUCCUCUUUGAACACAUCAUCAUGAACAAUGUCUAUAACCCUAUCAUCAUAGAUCAGAACUAUUGCCCAAAUGCUAAUUGUCCCGGAAAGGAUCCUUCUUUGGUUAAGAUCACGGAUAUCAAGUAUAGAAAUAUCACGGGGACAUUUGCCUCACCAGUAGCUUAUAAACUAGUGUGCAGUGUGGCCGCACCAUGUGAGGGAGUGGACCUCAGUGACAUUAGCUUGGAGUACAACGGAAAAGACAAGCAAGCCCAAAAUGCAACGUCUAUUUGUGUUAAUGUUUAUGGCAGCUCCAAUGGGAAUGUGAAACCUGACCCUUGCAUCUAA